AUGGGAAAUGUAUGUGUAUCAUGUUACUCAAAGGAUGGAUUCUUCCAAUCAAUAUCACAUCCAUACUGGUGGUCUCGAUCACCUGAUAUGAUCUACUACAAAAACGAACAGCUUAGCAAAUAUCCACCAUCAACACAGCAAGAUCCAAAACCUCCUACCCCUACUCAAAACACACCUCCAAAACUAGUGAUCAUAGCCAAAAACGACACCAAACCACCUCCACCUCCACCUCCACCCAUAGUUUCAUAUCAAGAAAUCAAAAUAGACAUAAAACAAUCCCAAAAGGAAAAAGCUUCAACAAAUCCAAACCCCAAAAAGCAAAACAAUGUGAAGAGAAUGUUGAGUGCAGGUUUACAGGCUGACAAAGUAUUGAAAACAAAAACUGGGCAUCUGAAAGAGUACUACAACUUAGGUCAAAAGCUAGGACAUGGUCAAUUUGGUACGACUUUUCUCUGCAUAGAGAAAACCACAGGAAAAGAAUUCGCAUGCAAAUCAAUCGCGAAAAGAAAGUUGUUAACUGAUGAUGAUGUGGAAGAUGUCAGGAGGGAAAUUGAAAUCAUGCAUCAUUUAUCUGGAAACCCUAAUGUGGUUUCAAUUCAAGGGGCUUAUGAAGAUUCAGUUGCAGUUCAUUUGGUUAUGGAACUUUGUGCUGGAGGCGAAUUGUUUGAUAGAAUUACCAAAAAAGGACAUUAUUCAGAAAGAAAAGCAGCUGAUCUUGCUAGAACUAUUGUAUCUGUGAUUGAAGCUUGUCAUUCUUUAGGUGUUAUGCAUCGUGAUCUUAAACCUGAAAACUUUCUUUUUGUUGAUGAACAUGAAGAUUCUCCUCUUAAAACCAUAGAUUUUGGAUUAUCGGUUUUCUUUAAACCAGGUGAAACUUUUGUAGAUGUGGUUGGAAGCCCUUACUAUGUUGCCCCUGAAAUUUUGCUUAAAAAUUAUGGUCCUGAAGCAGAUAUAUGGAGUGCUGGUGUGAUUCUUUACAUUCUUCUUUGUGGGGUCCCACCUUUUUGGGGAGAAUCUGAAAAUGAGAUCUUUGAAGAGGUUUUGAGGGGUAAACUCGACUUUUCCUCAGAUCCAUGGCCUAGUAUCUCUGAAAGUGCUAAAGAUUUGGUUAGAAAAAUGCUCAUUAAAGACCCCAAAAGACGAAUAACAGCUCAUGGUGUUCUUUGCCAUCCAUGGAUAAGUGAAGAUGGUGUUGCACCAGAUAAGCCUCUUGAUUCUGCUGUUUUGAGUCGUUUAACUCAGUUUUCUGCCAUGAAUAAGUUCAAGAAAAUGGCUCUUAGGGUUAUUGCUUCAAAACUCUCGGAAGAAGAAAUUGCAGGAUUAAAACAAAUGUUUAAGAUAAUAGAUACAGACAACAGUGGUUAUAUAACUUUUGAAGAACUUAAAGCUGGACUCAAACGUUUUGGUUCUAAUCUUACGGAGUCUGAGAUUUAUGAUCUAAUGCAAUCUGCGGAUAUUGACAAUAGUGGUACUAUUGACUAUGAAGAAUUUGUAGCUGCAACAUUGCAUAUGAACAAAGUCGAUAGAGAAGAUCAUUUAUUUUCUGCUUUUUCAUAUUUUGAUAAAGAUGGAAGUGGUUAUAUCACACUUGAUGAACUACAACAAGCAUGUAAAGAAUUUGGAGUAGAUGAUGUUCAUUUAGAAGAAAUCAUCAAAGAAGCUGACCAAAAUAACGAUGGGCGUAUAGAUUACAAUGAGUUUGUUGCAAUGAUGCAUAAUGGAAGUGAUAUUAUGAGGGUGAAGCCAUUGAAGGAUGAUUUUAAUAUGAUGUUAAGGGAGCCGGUUGCGGAUUCUCAAUGGGUUUGGGGGUGGUCUCGCGAGCUGAAUCAAGGUGUUGAGACUUCUCAAUUUUUGGAGGUUCGGUCUCUUGUAGAAGGGACCCGAUUGGGAACAAGUCAAGAUAAGUGGUGGUGGGAUUUGGAAGAUGAUGACAACUUUACUAUCAAGAGCACUAGACGGUAUGUUGAGCAAUUAAUGCUACCGGAUGUAGAGAGUGAUAUGAUUUGGAAUGUUUACCUUCCUAGGAAGGUAAAUAUUUUUACUUGGCGUCUUCUCAUGGAUCGCCUUCCUCUUAGGACGAAUCUUGUUAAUCGCGGAGUGGAUGUUCAGUCGGUUCUUUGUUCGUCUUGUAAUCGGAUGGGGAUUUCGAAUUAA